GUAUGAUACUAUUAUUAGCUACUAUGAUGUCACGCGAGUGCAUAAAUGAGCAUGCGUAGAGAGUGAGUCAUUCGAGACUUAUUCACCGGUUGGGGUGUAUCUACUUAUAUAGAGUCUGUAUUCUAACGUUGUGUACUAACGACUAUAGUGAUACGUGUCUGAGCCUUAAUACGAACCCGAUAACGCUACAUGGUGUCAGGAGUUAAGGUAUGGCACAGUCACAGUUGCAAAUACCGAUGCAAUUUGACUUCAGCAAACCGGAGGACUGGGAACGCUGGAUAAGAAGAUUCGAAAGAUUUCGACAAGCAUCAGGAUUAGCAGAGAAGACAGACGAGACACAAGUAAGUACGUUGAUCUAUUCUAUGGGUGACAAGGCAGAGGAUGUGCUGCAGACGUUAGGAUUGAACGAGGAGCAGAAUAAAGACUACAAGACCGUAAAAGAGACUAUGACGAGCUUCUUUGUGAAGAAAAGGAAUAUCAUUUACGAACGCGCGAAGUUUAAUCAAAGAGUUCAAUUUGAAGGUGAACCAGUGGAUGAAUUUAUUACUUCGUUAUACAGUUUGGUAGAACAUUGUGGUUAUGGAGAACUUACUAAUGAAAUGAUUUGGGACAGAUUGGUAGUUGGACUGAGCGAUGCAAAGUUGUCAGAGCAACUUCAACUUGAUGCGGAGUUAACGCUUGAAAAAGCAAUGACAAAGGUAAGACAAUCGGAGUCAGUAAAGAAACAACAAGAUGUAAUUAGAGCUUCUGCUGAAACAACGCAAGUAGCUAGAGUAAAGUCUAAUCAAGUUUGGAAGGACCAUAAGAAACUAGGAAGUUACACAACGGCAAGGAAAUUUUUCCCAGCGGAGGGUAGGAAACGCUGCCACAGAUGUGGGAAAGUGCCAGAGCACAGCAAGAGUCAAUGUCCUGCUAAAGACUGUAGAUGUAAGAAGUGUGGUCGAAUGGGUCAUUUUGCUCAAAUGUGCAAAACGAAAAAGGUUUCGGAAAUACACGUAUCAGAGAAGCAGUAUCUUGAUUGCAUUACUAAGGAAAUUUCGUCAGCAACAAAUAGUAGUAGUAAACAUGAGCCUUGGACGGUGACACUGUUAGUUGAUGAAGUUCCAAUAAAUUUCAAGAUUGACACCGGAGCAGAUGUGAACGUUCUUCCUGAAAAUAUAGCCAGAAAUGUUUUCGGAACAAGGUUGAAGAAGUCUAUACGCUGUCUGAAAGGACCGAAUCAGAAGCCACUAGAAGUAUGUGGACAGAUAAAAUGUAAAUUGGAAAAAGGAAGUCAAUCAGUUAAAGAGGAACUGUAUGUCAUUAAAGGUCUCAGGAAACCAUUAGUAGGACUUCCUACGAUAAAAGCUUUGAAACUAAUCACGAGAGUUGAUCAAGUAGAUGUAGAUCACGAAAUGAUAGAUAAACAUCCGAAAUUGUUUAGUGGGUUAGGAGUUAUGAAGCGAAAGUAUAAAAUAGAGCUGAAAGAGAACGCACAACCAUAUGCUUUAUCAACUCCAAGAAGAAUUCCUAUACCGCUAUUGCCAAAGGUAAAAGAAGAAUUAGUUAGGAUGGAGAAAGAUAAUGUCAUUCAAAAAGUGGAAGAGCCAACAGAUUGGGUUGCAGGAAUGGUUGUAGUACCUAAACAGAAUGGAAAGGUCAGAAUUUGUGUCGAUUUAACUCAGUUGAACAAGUGUGUUAAGAGAGAGAGACACAUUAUGUCUAGUGUUGAUCACGUGUUAGCUCAGUUGGAAAAUGCUGUGGUAUUUUCAAAACUUGACGCAAACUCAGGUUAUUGGCAAAUUCUAUUGACACAAGAGUGUGCACCAUUAACGACAUUUAUCACACCAUUUGGUAGAUAUUUUUUCAAACGUUUACCUUUUGGUAUUACUUCAGCUCCAGAAGUAUUUCAAAAGAGGAUUUCACAAAUUUUGGAGAACUUGAAAGGGGUUAUCUGUCUAAUGGACGAUAUUUUGGUAUUCGGUACUAAUCAACAAGAGCAUGACUGUAGGUUGGAAGCGGUGUUAGGAAGAUUGCAGGAAGCUGGAGUUACUUUGAACAAGGAAAAGUGUCUGUUCUCAAAACGAAGAAUAAAAUUCUUGGGUCAUGUAAUUGAUUCACAUGGAAUUAGUUCAGAUCCAGACAAAGUUUCAGCAAUUCUGAAUUUAAAGGAACCCAGAAACAGAACUGACAUUAGGAGCUUUUUGGGAAUGGUCAACCAACAAAGUAAGUUUGUAAAAGGAUUAGCAACGUUGACUGAACCUCUCAGAGCAUUAUUGUGUGGUCGAAAUGCUUGGAUCUGGGAUGAUAGACAAAGGACAGCGGUAGCAGAAAUCAAGAAGAGAUUAAGUGAAGCCCCCGUACUAGCAGUCUAUAAUCCAGAGAGAGAAACGAAAGUCGCUUCAGAUGCUUCUUCGGUAGGACUAGGAGCAGUGAUUGAACAAAAACAGAGCAACGGAAUUUGGAAAGCCAUAGCAUAUGCAUCACGUUCAUUAACACCAUGUGAAAGAAAAUAUGCUCAAAUUGAAAAAGAAUCUUUAGCUUCAGUGUGGGCUUGUGAAAAGUUUUCAUGUUAUCUUGUAGGCAAGACUUUCACGUUAUUAACCGAUCAUAAACCGUUGUUGACUUUGUUCGGACGAAAAGAAUUGGAUGAACUACCUCCACGAAUUCAGAGAUUUAGAAUGAGACUGAUGCGAUAUGAAUACAAGAUAGACUAUGUACCAAGAAAAGAACUAGGAACGGCGGACACUCUUUCUAGAUAUCCAGUUGAUGAACCUACAGAGAUUGAUCACGAAUUUGUAGAAAUAGUCGAAACGUGGGUUAACCAAGUUAUGGAUCAUAUUCCUGCCAGUGAUAAAAGAUUAGAACAAGUUCGGCAAAUGCAAAAAGAAGAUUGGUUAUGCCAACAAGUAAGAAGGUUUACAGACGAUGGUUGGCCAGAGAAAAGAAAUCUGCAUGGAGAAUUGAAGAAGUUUGCUGCAUUGUCUUCGGAGAUAACUGUGCAAAGAGAUAUAUUGGUAAGAGGACCACGAUUGAUAAUUCCCGAUAAACUAAGAAGAGAAAUGAUUGAGAGAAUUCAUGAAGGACAUCAAGGCAUUGUAAAGUGUAGAGAAAGAGCUAAAGCUGCGAUAUGGUGGCCAGGUAUGAGUAAGGAGCUAAAGGAGUAUGUUUUUUCCUGUCCUGUAUGUUCGAGAGAAAGACGUAAUCACAUAGAGCCAUUAAUCACAACACAUUUACCUUUACUGCCUUGGCAAAAGAUUGGAACAGAUCUUUUUGAAUUCAAAGGAUCGCACUAUCUUCUUGUAAUAGACUAUUUUUCUCGUUAUAUAGAAGUUGUAGAAGUUCGAAGCAUGACAUCAGCUCAGACCAUCAACCAAUUAAAAGCUAUAUUUUCUAGACAUGGAGUUCCAGAAUGUGUGGUUUCGGAUAAUGGGACACAGUAUACAUCUGAAGAAUUUAAUAUAUUUGCAAACGAGUAUGGAUUUAAUCACGUUACGUCAAGUCCAAAGUAUCCAAAAGCCAAUGGAGAAGCCGAAAGAGCGGUGAAAACAGUGAAGACGUUAUUACAGAAAGCCAAGGAUCCAUAUCUUGCAUUACUGUCAUAUAGAACAACACCGUUAAGCAAUGGAUUUAGUCCUUCUCAAUUGUUGAUGUCAAGAAGGCUAAGGUCAAAUUUACCUAUGUCAGUGGAGCAAAGAAAACCUGAAGUUCCCAACAUGCAACUUUUGAGGAAGAGAGAAGUAGAACAGAAGAGAAAGAAGAAAGUCACCUAUGACAAACGUCAUAAAGUGCAACAUCUUCCUUUAUUAAAAGCGGGAGAUUCAGUAUGGAUUUCUGACAAAACAACAACGGGUACUGUUCUAAGAGAAACGUAUCCAAGAUCGUAUCUUGUUUCUACUCCGAAAGGAAUUCUUCGUAGAAAUAGGAAUCAUAUCAGAAUUGAAAGUGAAGAAGAGAGAAAGAUGGAAGGAAGUGAAGAAGAGAAAAAGAUGGAAGGAAGUGAAGAAAGAAUUGAGAGAAGAUCAGAGCCAGAGAGAGAACAAAGGACGAACUUAGAGUCAAAUGUGAGAGAGGAAGAUCAUCAACCAUGUCAUCAAUAUGUUGGUAAUCAAGGUAAAACGAGUCAGAAUACUUCUGAGAUGCAAAGAAAGGAGAGAGACAAUACAUUGGAGACUCAGAGAGAUCUGGUGGCGACUCAAGAUGACAAAGAUGAUCAUAGAACGAUUAGAACUCGGUCUGGGAGACAAGUUAGGAAACCAAACAGGUUGGAUCUUUGAGUUUAACAAAGAGGGAUGUAGUGUGACUGAGUAUGAUACUAUUAUUAGCUACUAUGAUGUCACGCGAGUGCAUAAAUGAGCAUGCGUAGAGAGUGAGUCAUUCGAGACUUAUUCACCGGUUGGGGUGUAUCUACUUAUAUAGAGUCUGUAUUCUAACGUUAUGUACUAACGACUAUAGUGAUACGUGUCUGAGCCUUAAUACGAACCCGAUAACGCUACAGAGAUCUAAUUAUGAAAAUGCCAGAGAAUGCGAGACACAUAAAAUAUGU